AUGGUCCUCCUUCUGCCCUGGCUCUCGCGGUGUUGCGGUCGUUGCCUCCUCCUGCCUUCCAGGCUGCUGGCCCCUGGCAGCUCCCAGAGAUGCUGCUCCCAGAGAUCCAAGCCAAGCACAAAGGAGCAGGCCAGCUCCACCGGCAGCGGGAAGAGGUCCCCCACCGCAGGCCCUGGGCUCCCUGCUGAGCUAGCCCAGGCGGAGGAGCUGCUGGAGCAGCAGCUGGAGCUGGCCCAGGCCCUGCAGGAAGGGCAGGAGGGGGCCUGGGAGGCCCAGGCCCUGGUGCUCAAGACCCAGAAGCUGAAGGAGCAGAUGAGGAGACUCCGAGAGAGCCUGGGAGGAGGAACCUAG